AUGACUGGGAAUGUAGAUGAGUUUGAAUGUGCUGUGUCAUGCCAGGAACCUAAAUUAUUGGAUUGUCAUCAUACAUCAUACCUGGCUAGUUCCAAUUUGGCGGAAAAUUACAAAGAUCAGAAAGACAGUCUGAAAUGUAAGUUAGAAGAAUUGAAAACAGUGAAGAAUAUAGCCGAGGAUUCGUUGCAGAAAAUCAACGAAUAUCGACAAACAGCAUUGAGUAGUUGGCAGGCAGAACUUCAGAAAAAUUAUGAUCAAAAUCAGAAGAAACUGAACACUGUACUCAGUAAAGUGAAUACCCUGAAAUCUCAGAUAGAGGAAGAUAGUCGACCUAUGUUUCUGGUCGACGACUUGAGUGACGGUGAGCCUGAAGGAUUAUCGACCGAACAGUUCACCGACGGCGUUUUAGACGAAUUACUGUGA